AUGACUCAGAAACAGAUAUCAGUAGCAUUUGUUUGCCUCGGAAACAUCUGUCGGUCGCCCAUGGCCGAAGCUGUCUUUGCUCACACAGUAAAGGCAAAAGGCCUAGAGGACCGCUUCUCGAAAAUCGACUCUUUCGGGACAGGGAACUGGCACAAGGGGGAGUCUCCUGACCCUCGCUCAGCGGCAACCUGCCGUAGCCACGGCGUCCCUGUGAACCACCGUGCCCAGCAAAUUAGAGCGCCCCAAUUCGAUGAGUUCGACUACAUCAUUUGCAUGGACGAGAUGAACCUCAGAAAUCUGAAAAGACUGAAACCUAGUGAUUCAAAAGCCGAGAUCUAUUUGUUUGGGCACUGGAACACUGCCGGAAAAUUCAGGGAGAUUGUCGACGACCCCUAUUAUGGUGGUGACGAAGGAUUCGAAUACAACUUCAAGCAAGUUCAGUACUUCAGUGAGCAAUUCCUUGAAAUGGAGCUCUAA